AUGGCUUCCAAUAACCUAUCAGUACUUGAAGCACUAGACACAGCUCGUACCCAGUGGUACCAUGCCAAAGCCAUUGUCAUCGCCGGAAUGGGUUUCUUUACAGAUGCAUACGACCUCUUUUGUAUCUCCACCGUCUCCAAGCUCUUAGGCCGUCUUUACUACCCGGAGCAUACCACCGACGGAAACCCUGGAAAACUCCCUACCCACAUCAACAACGCCGUGAUUGGAGUAGCCCUUGUUGGAACUCUAUCUGGACAACUGGUGUUUGGUUGGCUUGGUGACAAGCUUGGCCGUAAGAAGGUUUAUGGGAUAACCUUGAUUCUCAUGGUGAUAUGUGCGAUCUGCUCCGGUUUGUCUUUCGGUUUCAGCCCAAAAGCAGUGAUUGGAACCUUAUGUUUCUUCCGAUUCUGGCUUGGAUUUGGGAUCGGUGGGGACUAUCCUUUAUCCGCCACCAUCAUGUCGGAGUAUGCGAACAAAAGAACCCGCGGGUCGUUUAUUGCCGCAGUGUUUGCCAUGCAAGGAGUAGGAAUUAUUUUCGCCGGUUUAGUUUCCAUGAUCGUUUCUCAUGUUUUCUUAAAAGCCAACUGGGCACCAGCGUACGAAGACAACCCUGUGCUUUCCACGCAGAAGAACGCUGACUACGCAUGGAGGAUUGUACUCAUGAUCGGAGCUCUCCCGGCGCUCUUGACAUACUACUGGCGUAUCCAGAUGCCGGAAACCGGAAGGUACACAGCCGUGAUUGAAGGAAACGCGAAGCAAGCAGCAGCCGAUAUGGGUCGGGUCUUGGAUAUUGAGAUCCAAGCGGAGCAAGAGAAGUUGGCUAUGUUUAAGGCAAACAACGACUACCCUUUGAAUUCUAGAAAGUUCAUUAAUCGGCAUGGACGUCACUUGAUCGGAACAAUGACGACCUGGUUCUUGUUAGACAUUGCAUUCUACAGUCAAAACUUAACCCAAAAAGACAUUUUUCCGGUGAUGGGUUUAACCAAGAAAGCCAAACAAGUCAACGCUCUGGAAGAAAUGUUCGAGACUUCACGUGCCAUGUUUGUGAUCGCCAUGUUUGGUACGUUUCCGGGCUACUGGUUCACGGUGGCAUUCAUUGAGAAACUCGGCAGGUUUAACAUUCAGCUUAUGGGAUUCUUCAUGAUGUCAAUUUUCAUGUUCAUAAUCGGAAUCAAGUACGACGCCCUCGCUACUCAUGAAAACAGAUGGUUGUUCGCUGGUCUCUAUGGAUUGACUUUCUUCUUUGCGAAUUUUGGGCCUAACAGCACAACUUUCGUUUUACCGGCGGAACUGUUUCCGACCAGGGUGAGAUCAACCUGCCAUGCAAUGAGUGCUGCCGCCGGGAAGGCCGGAGCAAUGGUGGGUGCUUUUGGGAUUCAGACAUACACGUUGCAGGGAGAUAGACAUAAGAUUAAGAAAGCGAUGAUCAUAUUGGCAGUGACGAAUAUGUUGGGGUUUUUCUUUACGUUUUUGGUUACGGAGACUAAAGGGAGGUCGUUGGAGGAGAUCUCCGGCGAAGAUGGAAGCAAAGACAAGGCGGAGGCACAGAUGAGUAAUAGAGGAGAUCGAGAAGUCCAAGAAAUUUGA